AUGACAGGUCGUUGGCGGAAGUUCAUUCACGCUCAGUAUUUGAACUGUGCCACAUUCGAACCCUUUGCCGAACUGCGUGCUUACACAACAAAUAUUGAAUUGUAUAUUUACCUGAACGAUCUAACCGAAUACGCCACUUGUCCGGAUUGUUUUAACAACGAGGUGAAAUCCCAGCUAUCUGGUGCCCUGAUUGUCAUUCAUCCAGCAGACUAUCUCCCCGACGUCAACGACAAGAGCAUUAAUUUGAAACCUGGGUCUCUGACAGAGAUCCGAUUGUCCACAGUAGAGAACGUUCAAAAAAUGCCUCCAUAUGGACGAUGUUCACACGAUUUGCCCGAAAGUGUACCACUGUAUGGAACGGAAUAUGCGUAUUCUGAGUACGCCUGUCGUCAGGCGACGAUUCAAAACGAAAUCAGCGCAAAAUGUGGAUGUUUUUCAAUCGAAUUUCCAUACAGCGAACACGCUGGUCUUGAACCGUGCAGUCGAUUGCCAGCAUUUGUAAACAUAUCCAGUUGUGAUAAUGUGGCAUCAGCCACGGUCAAUAGCACAUGUGCAGCACAACUCACAGAGUUCGCCCAAAGGAUGCUAUGCAAACGCUCUGUCACAGAGAGGUUUGCUCAUGGUAUAGUGCCCUCAUGCACGAUGCCGUGCGCUUUUUACUCAUACGAGGCGGAACAAUCCACAUCGACGUGGCCAACAAAGGUAUGGCAACUCACGUGGUUAAAUUCCUCUAGCAUCCGCCGGCUGGGUAUAUUCAAUGGACCAGAGUUUCAAAUCUAUCGGGAGGCACAAACUCUUCUGGCUCAAGGCAAUGAGAGUGCAGCUGCUCGUUUACUGGAACAUGCGAAUCUCUUGGAACGCAAUUUACUAGCCGUGCUCAUCAAUCGGCCAAACUUCGAUGUCCGUAAGGUAGAAGAAAAGGAAGUUCUAUCUUUAACCAGUCUCUUAUCACAAUCUGGUGGAUUGUUCUCCAUUUGGAUGGGACUUACAAUGAUCGCAUUGGGUGAAAUCAUAGAGUUUUUUAUGCGGUGCUUUGUAAAAGCGAAAGCUUUGAGGAGAAACCGAAACACAUUAAGACCAAAUUCGCUACCAAGUGAUGGAAACGUUAGCAUCACAUCGCUCAUGCACAAAAUGUCAAUAAACCGGGAGGAACAACCUGGCGAUGAGAAACCUUGCAAAGAAAAUCAUCUUCUGUGGUUACAACUCAUUGCAUUUAUGAAGCAAAAUAGUAUGCAGAGCCAUGCUUCAUUUGGAAUUGAACCUGAAUGUGUUUGUUCAUGUAUGCAAUCAGAAAAGACUAGCAAUAAUACUCUGUCAUGGCAAAGACCUAGUAGGAGCAGUGUUUUUCGCUCACAUCUGCCGAACAUAAAUCAUGGACAUCGAAAAUCCAUCUCUACCGAAGUAUCUUGA